AUGUUAAACUACAACCACUCCUUCUCUUCUUCGGCUCCGAUUUGUAGCAACCACUACCAUCACUUCUGUACUCUGGCUUUGAUCUACAGAUCCCCCAUCGAGAAGGUCUUCUAUCCCGAUCCGCACUAUCUGCAACCCCAACCACCUAUGACUAGAGAAAAAUGGAGGAAAGGGCCGGACCUAAGGCGAGGUAGAAGAGGCCCACCGGCUUCUCUCUGCUCAAUUGUCCCAGAACAAAACAAAAUUAUAAAACUCCCAAAGAAACUUGGAGAAAAGGAGGAGGUCAAAACUGAAGAGAAGGGUGAAUUUCGAGGCUCGUGCUCAAGAAAUCAGAAAGCGAAUUCAAAGAAUGAAAGUUUAUUGUUUCGAGGUGAGCUAGUUCAUGAUCAAGUGGUGGCGGCACCAAUGGCUUGUGGGCAGGCACAAGCUGGAAUCAAAGAGGUGCACUUCUUGCCCUUUAACCCGGUUGAAAAGCGCAAUGCAUCACCUACAUUGACUCUAAUGGAGACUGGCAUAGAAGCAGCAAGGGCGCUCCAGAUCAAGAAAGAUAAUCAUAAAAUUAUCAUUGAUCUAUGCGAACUCAAAGGAGAUUCAAGGAAGAAGGCCCACGAUAUCAUCGAUAAUUUUGCCAACCGUGUCUUCAUUCUCUUGGUGUUGCACGACAGACUAUUCUCGAGAAAACUAAAGAAAGAGCUGGUGAACCUUGGGAGUUUGUUGUUCACAGGUGACCAGCUUGCCAUUGGCAAAGCGACUGGUCAUAGGCUUGGCAUGGGCACAAACAUGUAUCCAUCGUCUUCCCCUCUUGGCCAAAGCAAGGAUAAGUCAAUUGCUUCAAUUCCUGUUGAAGAGCUCAUUGAGAAGGCUGAUGGCUUCGUCGGUGUCUUCCCUGAGCAUAAAUACGAGACUGUGAAGAAACUGCAGGAAAGGAAGCACGUUAGUGGUAUGGCAGGAGAUGGUUUGAAUGAUGCACCAGCACUGAAGAAGGCAGAUAUUGGUAUUGCUGUGGCAGACGCAACUGAUGCCUCCAGAGGGGUGAAACCGUCUCCAGUGCCCGACUCGUGGAAACUCAAGGAAAUCUUUGCCACUGGCUUUGGCCUCGGGGCUGUCAUGACUGUUGUAUUCUUUUACCUUGCGUCUGAUGCUGAUUUCUUCUCUAAUUCCUUCAAAGUGAGAUCUAUUAGAGGCAAUGCAGAUGAACUUACAGCUGCUAUCUACCUCCAAGUGAGCAUUAUCAGUCGAGCACUCAUCUUUGUGACUAGGUCCCGACGCUGGUCAUUCGUGGAACACCCUGGUGUCUUGCUAUUCAGCGCUUUCCUAAUAGCCCAAUUGUUGGCUACAAUUAUUGCUGUAUAUCAAACUGGGGUUUCGCAACAAUUCAUGACAUUGGAUGGGGCUGGGCUGGAGUCACCUGGAUCUUCAGCAUUGUCACUUACUUCCCACUCGACACUCGCAAGUUCAUCAUCCGAUUCGCAUUGA